AUGAGUUCUCUGAACUCUCGCCUGAAAGGCUUUGGUUUUAGCAAACGCAAAUCGACCGCCAGCAUACAGCCGAAUCCUGAUCAGCAGCAGUCGCCCACCCCGCCCCCCGGAGCAGCCCCUCAAUUACCGCAGCUCUUCCAGUCCCGCCCGGGUCCCGCGCCCUCCGUUGCGUCCAACUCGUCUCAGCAGAGUCUUCCUCAAAUGAAUCAUCCAGGUUCCGGACCACGGCCGCCCAGCUACUCCGCAAACUACCCGCCAGGCCCUCCCGGUCCCGUUGGCCGGACCAGCCCUUUGGCGAACCAAGGCCCGACCCGCACGCCGCCGUCGCAACUGGUCGGCGGUCCCCCGCCCAUCAACACCGGGGCUCCCCCUGUCUCCGGCUAUCCUCCGCCCGUCAUGGGAGGUGGUCCUCCUCUGCAGGGAGGCCCGCCGGGAUAUGCUGGUGCUCAAGGAUAUCCUCCGCCGCCCCAGCCCACCGGUCCCGUCGCUCCCUAUCGCAACACUGCUGCCGAGGUGGAGGGCAACAGCCGUAGCAAGGCUCAGCUCAUCGUUGGUAUCGACUUCGGUACCACCUUCUCCGGUGUCGCUUUCGCUUUUGCUACCAACAAUGAGGCCAAGGAGGACAUCAUCACAGAGUGGCCCGGCGCUGGCUCAUACACAAAGCAAAAGAUUCCUACUGUUCUCUACUAUGAUCAAUACCAGAAGGUUGUUGGAUGGGGCCCCGAUAUCGCCGAUGCCCUAGCACCGACUGGUUACCCAAAGCCUGGCGUGCAAAAGGUGGAGUGGUUCAAGCUCCAGCUGAUGUUGUCGGGCAACACCUAUAUCGAUCCUAUUAACCUGCCGCCUCUUCCACCUGGAAAGUCGGAGAUCGAUGUUGCGGCCGACUAUCUUUUCAAGCUCCGCCAGGCCAUGCGCGCCGCGCUCCAGAAGACUCUGGGUGAAGUCUUCAACCGUGAAGAGAGGAACAUCCGCUAUUAUCUUACGGUGCCUGCUAUUUGGAACGACGCUGGAAAGGCCGCGACCCGAGCUGCCGCCAUUCAGGCUGGCUUCCUCCGCGAUGAGAACGACAACCGUCUAACGCUGGUCAGUGAGCCCGAAGCCGCAGCGCUUUUCUGCUCCAAGACAGGCCUUCUCAACCUCAAGGUACACGAUGCGGUUCUCAUUGUUGAUUGUGGUGGUGGAACGGUGGAUUUGAUCGCAUAUGAAGUCGAGGACGAGAAUCCGUUCACCGUGGCAGAAUGCACUGCUGGCUCUGGUGACUCAUGCGGUUCGACUGCUCUAAACCGCAACUUCAGUAACAUUCUGCGGACAAAGAUCAGGAAGAUGAAGCUUCCUGAUGGAUCCAAGACUGCCGGUCGCGUCUACGCCAAGUGCAUCAUGGACUUCGAAAACCGAAUCAAGGCCGACUUCCGGAAUAACGGUCAGAAGUGGGCUGUCGACGUUGGUAUCGAAGCUGAAUUCCCUGAAGCAGGCAUCGAAGAAGGUUAUAUGACGUUCACAAACGAGGAGAUUCUGCAAUGCUUCGAGCCAGUAGUCAACCGCAUCUUGGAGCUUGUCAGAAACCAGAUCAUUGCCAUUCAAGCACAGAAUCGCACACUGCAGAACAUCCUUGUUGUUGGGGGUUUCGGUGCGUCGGAAUACCUCUUCCAACAGAUCAAGCUCCACGUUCCCCCGCAAUUCCAGUCCAAGGUUGUCCGCCCCAUGGACUCGGUCGCCGCUAUUGUCAAGGGUGCCGUCACGGCCGGUAUCACUGAAAGAGUCAUCACUCACCGUGUUGCUCGUCGCCACUACCUCAUGGCUACUCUUCAACCUUUCAAGGAGGGUUACCAUCCUGAGGCGUACCGUGUUCCCUCGCUCGAUGGCAAGGAUCGCUGCAAGUUCACGCGGCAGAUCUUUGUUCAGAAGGGACAGAAGGUCAAGAUUGGCGAGCCGGUCAAGGUUUCCUUCUUCCGUCAAGUGGCACCUGGUGCUACUCUCAUGUACGAAGAUAUCUUGUAUGCCUGCGACGAUGAUGUCUGCCCGGAGUAUACCAAAGAUCCAAGGAUCAAGGAAGUGGUUACGCUCACGUCGGAUCUGUCGCGCAAGAACCUUGAGAAGGAUUUCGAGCGUAUGGACACACCACAGGGUACCUUCUACCGUGUCUAUUUCGAUAUUUAUCUCACUUUGGACGGUUCCGAAUUCAGCGCUGAGCUGGUGUGCCAAGGAGAGGUCAUGGGCCGCUGCCGCGCGAGGUUCAGAUAA